GCGGAGCUCAGCUCUUUCAGUGUGCCAUGGCCACAGCGCCACCUCCACUCACCUUGGAUGUCUUGAAUCGAAUCCCCAACAAUAACACGUGAAAAGCAUCUCACCUCAUUCCUUCUCAUAGCCCGUGGUACAUCGUGGGAAAUCCGCUGUAUAUCUGUAUCUUGAAUUAUCUAGUCCUCCAUUUAUACCACCAAACCAAUCGCACACAACAUCAUCGUCGUCAUCAUGGCUACGCAGACCGAGGGCACCUUUGAGGUGGACGGCCAGAAGCUUCACAGCACAACAUGGACGCCCGAGGGCCCCGUCAAGGCCAAGCUCGUCUUCGUACACGGCUUCAGUGACCACGUAGGACGGUACGACGAGCUCUUCCCCAGCCUCGCCGGCCGCGGCAUCCAGGUCUUCAGCUGGGACCAGCGCGGAUGGGGCCGCAGCGCCGCGACAAAGGCCGACCGGGGCCUCACGGGCCCAACGUCGCGCGUCCUCGCCGACGUAGCCGCCUUUAUCCGCUCCAAGCUCCCGUCCCCGCCUACGGACGCGCCCGUCUUCGUCAUGGGCCACUCCAUGGGCGGCGGCCAGGUCCUCGCGCUGGCCAGCGACCCGCAGUACCACGACCUCGUCGGCCAGGUGCGCGGCUGGCUCCUCGAGAGCCCCUUUAUCGCCUUCACGCCCGGCGAGGAGCCGAGUUUCUUGAAAGUGUUCUUUGGCAAGCUCGCGAGUAAGGUCCUGCCCAAGCAGCAGCUCGUCAACGAGAUCCCCGCCGAGCACCUCACGCGCGACAAGGCGGCGCAGCAGAGCAUCCGCGACGACGACCUCAUGCACAACACGGGCACGCUCGAAGGGUUGGCGGGCAUGUUGGAGCGGACGGACCAGCUUGCGCAGAACAAGCUGACGCUGAGCGGCAACGUCAAGAGUCUUUGGCUGGGCCACGGCACCGAGGACAAGACGACGUGCUUUAAUGCCAGCAAGAAGUGGCUUGGCGCGCAGACGAUUGACGAUGGGCACCAUAAGCCGUAUGAGGGGGCGUAUCACCAGCUGCACGCGGACUUAUGCAAGGACGAGUUCUUCAAGGAUGUCGGGGAUUGGAUCCUUGAGAGGGCUGGCGGAGAGCCUGUGGCGAAGCCCGAGUCCAAGUUGUAGGAGACUGGACGGGCCCGCGGCAUCUCUGUCUUUGCCUUUGGUCCAUGUAACCGGUACUGGUGUCGUGACUUUUUGGUUGGUGCGAUAUCUCUCUUUCGUCUGUGGCUUGGUGGUGGUGGUCGAGACCAUGUACGCUGCCGAAGUCGCGGACUGCUAUACCUCACUAUCAUGCCACGAUGGUAUCCUGCUUGGUGAUAUAGCUGCACUUGGAAACGUCCAGAGUACAUCUGCAUCCACGCCAAGGCCAGCUUCUAGGAUCUAUAUAUGUAAGAGUUCUUUUUUCAGCAGCAUAUUAAUAAUAUUCAAGUUAUUUGCAAUUCAAGAGAACUACGCCGAUGGAAGUCCCCGAAUUAUGAAUCAAAUACAUAUUAAAUCAUUCUUUUG